AAAAGUUGACAAGACAUGCGUGAAGCAUGUUUUGGUUAUUUGAGCCUUGGAGGCAUCUGUUCAUAUGGACCAAUAUCUCUUCUCUCUGGUCUUAACCCUCGUCCACUUCACCUAUUUCUCCAUUUCUUUGCCGUUGCUAUCUAUGGUGUUGGGCGCUUGAUGCUUCCAUUCCCUUCUCCUCAACGCACAUGGCUUGGGGUUAGAUUGAUCUUGAGUGCAUCAGGGAUCAUAUUUCCCAUUAUAAAGGGUGAAGGAGUUAGACAGAUGUUCUUUCCUGCAACAGUACCAGCAUAUUACAGAGCUCCUCCUGUUCAAUGAAGAAAUCAAAACAAGCAUAUUCUCAGAGAAAACUUUGGUACUCGGGUCUUUCUUUUAUUGUAAACCCAAUCUGUAUCGAAUCAACAGCAUUAGUUCCUCCCACAAAAUAAAUUUCAUGAUGGGGGUUCAAUGCUCAAAUUAGGAGAGAAAGAAAACUAUUUUCUUAAUUCUUUUAGGAUUUGUUCUUCUGCAGUGGAGACAAGAAGCUAGGUUUCCCAUGAAACAUGUAAUUGUAUGAAACUAUAGCAGUUGGUAAAUAAUAACAUAUAAAUUUUGGGUCAGUA